GUAUGCUCAGAAAGCAGAACCAAAUUCAGAAGCUAAUAUCUCACAUGACAUGUCUUCUGCAUUUUGUGAUGCUCCUACCUUUACAAGAGAAGAGGACAAUGGACAAUCUGCUGAACAGCUAAAAAACAAUUCCAACUUUGAUGGGUGUGUUGCUGAUGACUCUCAAACCGAGGAUGACUUGUACUUGUCGGUUUGCAGAAUUAUGCUUGUUGGUUUUCAUGCUGACAAUAUGCGUAAAUUGGUCAGCAUGGUUCAUAGAGGUGGUGGUUCUCGUUAUAUGUCCUUCAAUGAAAAAUUGACACACAUAAUUGUUGGUACUCCAUCAGAGAGUGAGAUCAAAGAAGUAAGAAACCUUGCAGCUUUAGGCGUGAUCUAUGUUGUUAAAAGUGAAUGGCUUGAAGAUUGUGAUCAUCAAAAGAAAGAAGUUCCUGUGCUUAAGAGGCACAUGGCUUAUGAUUUAAUUCUCCCAAGAGAUACCACUAACUCCAACAAAAGAUCGUUCAUGGCCAUGAAUGAAAUGAGACAGGGAUCCUCUGUUCAACCUAUCCUGCCUGAUGAUCACAUUGUAAAAUAUAAAAAUUCUCAGUCUGGUGUGUCAUUUGAGAAGAGAAAAGAAGUGGACAGUAUCAGAAAUGAGGAAAUGUCCUGGGUGAAUACAGGAAACCUUGCUAAACAACAGCAGUCUACAGAGAAGAGUGCCAGCCAUGACAGAGACAACAGAAUAUCAUCCAAUGUAUUUGCUGGGAAACUGUUUUGCUUUUCUGGAUCAUUUCCCGUUGAUCAGAGGGCUGAAAUCGUUGAAUGGGUUAAUCAAGGGGGAGGAGAAGUUGUGGAAAAUCUGGUUGAAGGAAAUACACACUUCAUUGUUGAGUGUCAUGGUGUGGUUCCUUCUGAGACUGAUUUUUCCGCCAGUAAAUACGUGUCAAGUCACUGGAUCCGUUCUUCUUUAAUGGAUGGGCACUUACUGGAUGUCAGCAGUCAUAUCCUCUAUUCUCCCCUUCCAUGCCAAGUACCAUUCAUGAGUUUUAAGUGCUUCCGCUUCUGUGUUUCGCAAUAUGAUGAGAAAGAAAGACUGCUGCUGAGAAAUUUGUGCUUUAUUCUUGGAGUCCGAUUUGUUGAAAAACUGACUAAGAAAGUCACGCAUUUGUUAUGUAAAUUUGCCAGUGGACCAAAAUACGAGGCUGCUUGUAAGUGGGGGAUACAGCCAGUUAAUUCUGAAUGGAUUUAUGAGUGUGUCAAGCAGAACAAGGUUGUUUCUCCAGGUCCAUUUUAUCCAAAAGAAGCAACUUCUCAAGACCGAGAAACAGGAGUCUGUACUAUGACACAGUAUCCUACCCAAGGCAUUGGGAUAAUAUCUGGGGAUGAUGCAUCUCAACUUCCAAGGCAUUCCCAAGAGUCCAAAAGUGUAGAAACUGAAGCUUUUACCAAAAAAAGCGAGGAGAUAAAUUACCCAAUUGGUUGUUUAAAAAAGGCAAGGACUUUUGAGGCUGACAAAACAAAAUGCUCAUUUUCUGAGGCAAACUUAACCCAUAGCAUCUGCCGGGUAAGUCCAAUGGAAGAAGACGUGACAGAAAAUGCAAGCAAAGUCACCACUAUGGUUCCUGAUGUAGCUGCUGCUAUUGAGGACUUGUUGGAGCAAACGAGUAAGAUCCAUGAUCAGAAAUCUCCUGCUAGAAGUGCGUGUGGUACAAGUCUUUUUACAUCUGAUUGUACUGUUCUUGGUCAAGAUCGUGGAGAGCCUCAGUCCGCUCUUGGAUUGCCCAAGCACUGGAAAAAUAGGUUUGAUGAAAAGGAUGAUUCCCAUAAUCCCCAGGAAGAUGCCAGAACAAACGAUUACGAUGGCUUUACUGAAACACCAACAGAGUCUCAGGUUGUUGGGUAUGCCGAUGAUCUAUCUGGCAGGCAAAUGAUAAUUGAUAGAGUUCGAACAAGGAAUAGCAUGACUUAAGCUUUGGGGCACUGAAUGAUAAACUUUGGACCAUUUGCACUGCGCUGCAAGCAGAAUGAACUUGUAGACUGGAGAAUAUCAUGCUCUUAAGAUGCUGAUGGGAUAGAGAGCAAGGGUGUUAUCAAAGCUGCAAGAAUAGAAGGAAAUGGAAACAGAAAAAGCUUUUCACUAUCUGGAUCCACAGGCAUUAUAUGAGCUGAAUGAUGAUAACUCUACCAUAGUACAAGUAAUUGUCUUGGUUUUGAAGCGCUUACUUGUGGUUCGUAAACUAGCUCAGCUACGAUGCAGGAGUGUGGAUUUAGUUGUUUUACAGGUCGAAGAUGGAAUUGAUUUAGGCAAGUAUUUGUUGUGUCACUGUACGAAGAAAACCGUUUACACUAUAAUUUGAGCCCACUUGGAAUUGAAUUGGUUGCCAAAGACUAGUCUUAUGGUUUUGUAGCGUGUAUGUGAAUUAUAAUCAGCUCCCAAUACGGCAAAUUCUGUAAUUAAAUUAGUUUUCUGCUUCUUUUCCACUCA